AUGGACACUAUACUGGGUUACGACGUCUACAGUAACGUGCUCGCUGACAUAGUUUGUGAGCCAUCCCUUUCCUUGCCUCUUAUUGUGGGUUCAUAUGCGAAAUGGGGCUCAGAAAAGUCAAUAUUGCUUGCAAAGUUUAAGGACUCUAUGAAUAGCUUUUCUCGCAACUGGCUGGAAGGAGCGCACUUGAGGUGCCUCAUAUUCUUCUACCUCACAUUAUUUUGUGUAAUAUUCACUAUGACAAUCUCAUCGCAUGUGCUACAGCAGCCACCUGGGUUGAUUGUUGUAUGGGUCUUGGUGGCUGCCUUCUCGUCUUGCUCGUAUCCUCUUAUUUCCAUUAUAUUGUUACGAUACGGCUGUACUAAUGUCUCGAGAAAACGUGUUAGUGAAGCCGCGCAAGCUGUUCUCCAAUUGCGGUUUGAGGAACUAAUGCAGAAACUGCAGUCCGAGGUUGAUAUCCUAGCUGACAUGAUUGGAUCUCUAGAUGCGUUCAGUAGAAGCCAAACUCGUCUUGUAGUCGUCGUUGAUGGCCUCGAUAAUUGUGGACAGGAACGCAUGGUUUAA